GCUAAGUGUUGUCUGUCAGGUAUCAUCGUGAAUAGUGUCAAUGGAAGGAACGUUAAAACUUGAACUCUCUUAAACCCAUUUCUUCUCCCCUUUCAAUUUCUCUUCAUUCUUCGAUUUGUCCGCCUCAGCUAUGAUUCAAUCGGGGAGAUAAAGGUGAUUUCUGUUCGCUCAGUUGAUAAAGAUGGUGUAAUUCCUGUAAGUUGUUUGGAUUUUAGACCUCGAUCUGUGAUAGCUCUUGUGGGUUGAUAGCAAGAAUUGGUAUUUGUGGAAAGAUGGAACAAGGAAUGGGAUCAGAAUCGAUACCUGUUUCUGGGUCAGUUGAUAAGACCCGUAUUUUGAAUAUUAAGCCAUUGAGAUGUCUUGUGCCGAUGUUUCCUCCUUCACCAGACCUAUCUUCAUUUUCUUCUCCACAGUCAGCUUCAUUUGUUUGUGCUCCUCCAACUGGUCCAUUUCCACCUGGACUUUCUCCUUUUUAUCCUCAUUCCUUUUCCAACCCACAGCCAACACCAAUGGCUGGACCUUAUGGAGUUAACGAGACCAUUCCAUCUCCAGUUCCUCUGAACUCAUUUAGAACUCCUAUGCCAAGUUCAAGACCUGCAAAUGGACAUGCAAGAGGAGGAGGGUCAAGGAAAAAAUCUAGUGCCCGAGUUACAGUUACUGAUGAAGAUGAGCCUAGUGAUUCACAGGAUCAAAGUGAGCAGUAUUUUGGUGUUGAUUCAGAAGAUGUCAGUAGGGUAGGUAGUAGGCGAAAGGGAAGCCAAAGGGCGGCAAAAAGUGGUCGUGUAGUUAAUGCGUCGUCGUCGCCUGAGGUUGAUCUUGAGACAUUGGUUAGUAAUUUCUUAUCAAGAUUUGAUCUCUCUGGAAUUACUUCUUUGAAGCGAGAUGAGGGCGAUAGGGAUUACGUUGGAUAUGUUCUUAUGGUCUUUGAUUUGCUGAGGAGGAAGAUUUCUCAGCUUGAUGAUUCGAUGGGAGUUUCACGACCUGACCUUAAGGCAGGUGCAACCUUGAUGGCAAAGGAGAUCCGAACGAAUGCCAAGAAGAGGGUUGGGUCCAUACCCGGUGUUGAAAUUGGUGAUAUCUUCUUUUUCAGAAUGGAGAUAUGUGUUGUCGGAUUGCAUGCUCCUUCUAUGGCUGGGAUUGAUUACCUGAGCCUUAGGACAUCAGAUGAAGAUCCUAUUGCGGUUAGCAUAGUUUCAUCUGUUGGAUAUGGGGAUAACGAUGAGGAUGGGGAGGUCUUGAUAUAUAGCGGCCAAGGAGGGAAUAUGAACAGGUCUGAUAAAGAUAUGAGCGAUCAGAAGCUUGAAAGGGGUAAUCUUGCUUUGGAGAAAAGCUUGCACAAAGGAAAUGAGGUUAGAGUGAUUAGGGGUUUGAAAGAUUUGGCUAAUCCAACAGGAAAAGUAUAUGUUUACGAUGGAUUAUACAAAAUUCAUGAGUCAUGGGUAGAUAAAGGGAAGCAAGGUCAUGCUGUAUUCAAGUAUAAACUUUUAAGAAUAAAAAACCAGCCCGAAGCUUUUACAUUGUGGAAAUCAAUUCAGCUCUGGAAGGAUAACAUUUCUUCCAGGGCUGGGGUUAUACUGCCAGAUUUGACUUCUGGUGCUGAAAAUUUGCCUGUUUCUCUUGUGAAUGAUGUUGAUGGUGAAAAAGGACCAGCUUACUUUACAUAUUUCCCAAGCCUCAAGUAUGCUAAACCAUUUACUUCACUUCAACCGUCUCCGAGCUGCAGUUGCAAAGGCGGAUGUCAAGCAGGUGAUGCCAAUUGCCAUUGCUUCCAAAAGAACGGAAAGAGUCUUCCUUACACAUUAUUUGGAAUUGUUCUAAGCAUUAACUCAUUGAUCUAUGAGUGUGGUCCUUCUUGUUUAUGCCCUCUUAAUUGUCGUAAUAGAAUUUCUCAGGCUGGUCUAAAAUUCCGUUUGGAAGUUUUCCGUACAAAAGAUAGGGGUUGGGGUCUUAGGUCAUGGGAUCCCAUUCGAGCUGGAUCUUUUAUUUGUGAGUAUGCAGGAGAAGUGAUUGAUGAAUCUACAAUAGAUAGCUUUGUAAGGGAAAACGAAGAUGAUUAUGUAUUUGAUGCAACUCGUUCAUACGAUCCUCCAGAAUCCAUGCGUAGCAUGUCUACCGGAUCUCCAAAAAUUCCGUUUCCUCUUGUUAUUAGUUCGAAAAACGUUGGAAAUGUUGGUCGGUUUAUGAACCACAGUUGUGAUCCUAAUGUUUACUGGCAACCUGUUAUACGUGAGAAUAACAAUGAAUCUUAUCUCUAUAUAGCAUUUUUUGCAAUUGGACACAUUCCUCCUAUGUCAGAGUUGACAUAUCAUUAUGGGACAGUUACAUCUGGGAAUGUUGAACAGAGGAAGAAGAAAUGUCUAUGUGGAUCUUCAAAAUGCAGAGGAUACUACUAUUGACAUCUUAUGAAACUGAAGUUGAUAAUGGAUGGUUCUCCAAGGUUGAAGCCUCUAAUUUUGAUUUGUACUGAAUGAUGACGAUUGCUUACACCUCGGCCUCUCAAAAAGCAUUACCUGGUAAGUGGGUUUGGCGACCGUUAGGGCAUAUGCAAAGACCAAUAUCAUGGUAUGACUGCUGUAUGCAUACAUGAUCUGAACUAAACUUCUUCUGUUAUUAUUUAUAAUUAUUAUCUAAGCAUUUUGUUGUGAAUUCUCCUCCUGUGUGUGUUGUUAUAUCUAUAUAUCUAUAUGUUGACUGUAACUUAAAUGGUGAAAUUUUAUCUGUUUGGCUUGCCCUUUUUAAGCCAAAGAUGGGAAAUAAUUAAAGCUUAUGUACUUUUAACAAUUCAUUUUUGGUCAA